AUGUUGUCGAUACAGGACAUCGAUGAGGGGGAGAUUUGCUACUCGGCAAAGGAAAGCAACAAGGAAAAUAGGUCCCCUACAAGGGAAGCACACUAUUUCCGCUCACUUCAGAGCCAACUCGAUUCAAUGCCUGUUCCUAAUAAAGAUCUCGCCGAAACACCGGAGUGGAUGAGUGUGCAAUUGCUUCCAUAUCAACAGUACGGUCUUAAUUGGAUGAAAUGGCGUGGAGGAAACGAGCACUGGAGGCAUUUUGGCCGA